GCAUAGUUAGUACGCAUGCUGACAUCAUACAUAGCAACGAGGUCAACCCCGCCCUUACUCUUAGUUUUACGCUUCUCUCUAUUUCUUAGUAAAAGUUAAUCUCAGCAGCUUUGUGGAUAGGUUUUAAGAGAACAAUCUUGAUAAAAACUGUUACUAUUUUUUAGGAGAACUCAUAGUGGAAAGAUAAAAUGUUUCGUGAACACGGGCCCUGAUUUAGCAACUUGUUUAAAAUGUUGCAGAAUUUGUUCGAUACAAAAUCGAUGAUUAUACUGCGUAAUUUCCUUUAACUGUUACUGCAAACGUCCCACGAUUAUGUUUGAAGAUUACACUCAGUGCAUGUAUGCAUGGUGCAUGGACUUCGCUCUGUUUAAGAGUUUGUUUUUGAGUACCAGUUAAAUAUUGUAGUUAGUCGACCUAUUUUAUCGCGGAGAGUUAUCAAUUCUCUCUACAAUUUUCUGGAUUCUUGUCAUAUUAAACGAAAGCUAAAUUUAAGUGGUAUAGCAUUUACAAUCUAAUCGCAACAAACAUGGCAAAUCGACCAGUGCAGAAGGAGACCAGCAGUCAGCCACACUUCCUACAGUUCAACAACCUCGCAUGCGAAACAGCUGGAGGAAAGGUGGUUUUUGCCACGGAUGAGUGGUUUGCCCCUGCUAGAAAUCUUUUAAAGAGAGACCCUCCAGAAUUCAUAGCCUCGGCGUUUACUGAAUACGGAAAAUGGAUGGAUGGCUGGGAAACCAGGAGGAAAAGAAUUCCAGGUCAUGACUGGUGCAUCAUUCAGUUAGGGGUUCCAGGAAUUAUUCAUGGCUUUGAUGUGGACACAUCUUUCUUCACGGGGAACUAUGCGCCAUACACCUCCAUUCAAGCUGCGUGUCUUGAUCAGAUGCCGUCAUUCACUCUUGAUGGAGAUCGUACAGGCAUGGCAGCUUCCCCAAGCCAGUUCGAAGCUGUAGCACAGCUUAACUCAGACAGCUGGGAGGAGCUUGUCCCGAUGACAAAGCUGAGGCCGGGGUACUCUGAAUCAUGCCACAACUACCUGAACGUCACCUACCCACAUAGAGUUACCCAUAUCCGCCUUAACAUAUAUCCAGAUGGCGGCAUUGCGAGGCUGAAAGUUUAUGGCAUUGGGAAGAAGGACUGGUCCACUGUGUCUAGUCAAGACCUAGUGGAUCUUGUUGCCCUGGUCAAUGGGGGUGUAUGCGUAGGGUACAGCGAUGCCCACUUUGGUCACCCAUGCAAUAUGAUUGGUCUAGGAAGGGCUGACAGCAUGGGUGAUGGGUGGGAGACAACCAGACGCCUGGAUCGGCCCAAAGUUUUAAAGGUGGAUGAGAAAGGCAUAUUACAGGUGCCAGGAUUUGAGUGGGCUAUUCUCAGACUAGGACAUCCUGGCAUCAUAAGCAAAAUUGAAGUAGACACCAACCAUUUUAAAGGAAAUUUCCCAGACUCCUGCAAGAUUGAAACCUGCUGUUUGACCCCAGAUGAGGAGAACAACUUGAUUCGUAACCAUUGGCGCUCUGACAAAACCCCCAAGUGGAGAAUUCUUCUUCCUCCUCAAAAACUGAAGGCACACCACAGGCAUUUGUUUUCUGGGGAGUCAGUGGUGCAGUGUGGGCCUGUGACUCAUGUGCGUCUGGUCAUAGCUCCCGACGGGGGGGUCAGCAGACUCAGACUCUGGGGUCGACCGGUGUCCAACAACAUGACUCGCCCUCAGCAAAUCUCCAAACUGUAAUGCCAUCAUGUACUUUCAGCACACAGUUACAGAAGAAUGAAGGUCAUAUGUUGUGAUUUAGAAUAUGAAUACAAUAAUGUAAAAAACAGCAUUGAAGACAUACUAUAUACAAUACAAUACCUAAUAACCUUAGCUGUGGUACAGUAUUCAAAAGAAUUAUGUUCAAGGGCAAUGUUUCAGAAAACACCAAUAAAGUACUCUCAAAAUAGCUAAUAAAAUGAACCUUCACUUAAUUUGUUUGUAUUGUAUAUUGCCAAGUCUGAUACUUUAGAUAUACAAAAUAGCUUUGAAAAUGCAUAUUAUGCAUAUAAUACAUAUUGUGUGUAUCUAUCAGUGUUGAUAUGAAUGUUUGCCUGGAUCAAUGUUAAUUUAAUUUAAUUUAAUUAAAACAGUAAUGUGAGCAGAUGCAGACAGUCUCAACGUGAUGGACAAAAUAAAAGACACUGCACAGACUGUACAGUCGCAUUGAAAAUAACAGGAUAAUUGUUUUCACACACAUUUGAAAAGUU